AUGGCAGGACUCGACACCAAGCCAAUCAUUGUGAUUGGAGCAGGCCUAGUGGGCCUGACGCUCGCUCAAGGCCUCAAGAAAGCUGGGUUCUCAUACAAGAUUUUUGACCGAGAUUCCUCACUGGAUGCUAGGCCAGCGGGUUGGGGCAUCACAGUACAUUGGAGUCUGCCGUCCUUACAAGCAUGCUUGCCACAGGAGCUUUACGACAAGAUUCCUUCGAUUCAGGUUGAUCCGUCAGCAGGUGAUAAAGCGCACGAUGUCUACCGCUUUCUGGAUCUGGAGACAGGCAAAGAUAAAUAUGCCAUGCCCUCAGGACACCAUUACCGACUUAAUCGAGCGAAGCUGCGACAGUUGCUCAGCACCGAUAUCCGUGUGCAAUGGGGCAUGUCGUUUAGGAAUUUCGAGACCACCGAAGACGGUGUAACCGUGCACUUCGCUGAUGGUUCUUCCGUGGAGGGGUCCAUGCUGCUCGCCGUCGAUGGCAAGAAUAGCAGGAUCAAGCGCUUGCUGAUAGGCGAGGAGAGCGCCCGUUUGAAUCCACUUCCAGUUGCAUUCACAGGUUUUACUUUGCGUCUGUCGCCCGCAAAGAUGAAGCCGUUCACAGAUAUCCACCCGGUGAUAUGGCAGGGCUGUCAUCCUCGAUCAGGCUACUUCAUCUUCUUCUCUAUGCUCUCAACUCCGGAGACCAACGGUACUGCUGGUACGGAGAAUGAGCACUAUGAGGGACAGUUCAACAUGAGUUGGCUGAUCGAGCAGAAUGGACCGGUACCAAAGACUUCGGCUGAGCAAUUGGCAAAAGCUAAGGCUGCAGCUUCAGCAUCUACGGGUAUAUUUGAACCUCUGAGGCAGGCAAUUCUUGACAUACCUGAAGAUACACACACACUGGAGAUUGUGUUGGACGAUUGGCCGACGCAGAAAUGGCCAUCGAGAGGAGGCCGUGUAGCGCUCCUUGGCGAUGCUGCGCAUACCAUGACCAUGUAUCGUGGUGAGGCCGCAAAUCACGGCAUGUACGACGCAGCCGCCUUCGUUCAUCAACUCAACCAGUGGAGAAGAGGAACCAAGUCAAGGGAAGAUGCUCUCAAUGACUAUCAGGUUGAGGUGGUCGAGCGCACUCAUGAGGCUGUGCUGCUGAGCAGGUUCGCAUGUCUGGAAUGUCAUGACCUUGACAACUUGAGAGAUGACAGCAAGGUCUUUCAGGUCUCUGGCUUCAAUGCCAGAGUGAAGGAAGAGCGAGAAGCGUUCGACCUGACACCAGGCAUGCCGGAUGUCGUCGGCUCGAAGGGUGUCCCACAGAAAGACGCCGUUGACGUUGAGAUGGAAGCGAAGGAUGUGACUACAUUGGAAUUGCCAUGCGGUCCCUGUACAGCUGAGCGAGAUGACGGCCUCAUCAGAGCCAGGGGCAUUCCGUACGCUCAAGCACAACGUUUCCAAGCACCACAAGCAAUACCAGCAUGGACCAAGGCCAAAUACUGUACUGUGCCAGCAGCACUCUGUCCCCAGCUACCGUCGCGCCUGGAAUCAGUGUUAGGCCCAAUAACCAAAGGACGACAUUUCGAUGAAGAUUGCCUUCAUUUGUCUGUCGUCGCACCACAAAAUGCUGCCAAGGCUCCUGUCAUGAUAUUCCUCCACGGCGGAGCGUUUAUUUCGGGCGGAGGCGAUUUGGACUGCUACCUGCCACUCGACAUCGCCCGCCAAGGCAUCGUCUGCGUCAACAUCACUCAUCGAUUGGGCGUGUUUGGAUACCUCAUGCUGCCAGAUGUUGCACCUGCCAACCUGGGUCUGCUCGAUCAGAUAGCUGCUCUACGGUGGGUCCAGAGCAACAUAGCAGGAUUUGGAGGUGAUCCGUCAAACGUGACUGUCAUCGGCCAAUCUGCAGGAGCCGAGUCUAUCGUUUGUCUUUUGGCGUCUAGCGGCACAGAAGACCUCUUUCACCGAGCCGUUCUCAUGAGUGGUCCUCUCGAGGAUUUACGUGAGAGGGCACCCACCGGCCCGCUGCUUGCUAAGCAAGUACAGUCUCAGCUGAAGAAUGAUCCUCUGCGAAUGUCUACCGAUGAGCUCCUCGGCCUCCAGAAAGACAUACUUUUGAAUCCACCAACUCAGCAACAUCUUAUGCUCUUCGGGCCCCUUUUAGGGUACGAUCCUCUGCCACCUGGAUCUGGGCUCGACGACCGAUUGAAUGCGCGUCUGGCACAGCUGCCCAUAUUGAUUGGGUGGACCACACACGACGGCCGACCUUUUGCGCGGACCCUGUCGCCGAACACUUCAGAAUCACUGGGCACAAUGUUUGUGACCGAGAACUAUUUUGCUGCGCCUUCGAAAGCCUUGCAUCAACGCGCCAAUCUUCAGGUCGGUGGGCACUCCACCUCCUACUGCUUUGGCUGGCACCCUCCUGGAAGCGUAUUCGAGGCCAACCAUUGUAUAGACGUGCCUCUUGUAUUGGGCACGCCAGAUGCUUGGCAAGACGCUCCCAUGCUGUGCGGCCAGCGGCACUCUGAUGAUUUUCAGAAGAUGGCCCUCCAGUUGCGGCACCUAUAUGUCGAUUUCAUUCGGGGUGGACGGUUACGGGAAGGCCACAUAGCCAUCGGCAGAAAUUUCGAAUGCUCAGACCACCUAUGGGAGUGA